GUCAGUUGGUAAAAUUCUGAACACGAGCCUGUUUUAAAACGACGAUUUUGAUAAUUUAAUGAAAUUAUAAUUGAAGACUAUUUUAAAUACAAAUAUAUCCAUCUAUUCAGGAUGUCGAAGUCUUUGGCUUGUAAAACCAUUCAUGUGUCACCUGCAUUGGGGCAGUAUAACCCCGAUUCUGUGGAGGUGAUCAUGAGCCAAAACGGCUGUGUUCCAAAUGAUCAAAGCCAGAUUUUGGGCACUGAGCUCAACCUGAUGGAGAUGACAGAAGUGGAGUACACCCACCUUCAGCACAUCAUCCAGUCACACAUGGAGGCACAGGCGGCUGGUCCAGAGGGAUCUGGAGAUGCCCGGUUCAACACUACCGUAUUCACUGUGGAAAGCCCCGCACCCCAACCUACGACCACAAACUGCGAAGCAGAAUACCCAGCAAAGUCUCCACUGAACACUCCACCUGAUGUCAUAUCAACUUCAACUGAUGAGCAGCAGUACAUUUUCGGCGACUUGAACCAGGGUGGACAGGUUGACAUCAAGGAAAUUAAAAUGGUAUUGGUCAGUGACGGGAAUGUUAUACCUGGAGAAAGGACCCCCACCACUUGCGGUGAAGUCCCCGGCUCUGUGUUGGCUAAAGUCAGGAGUGCAGUGGAUGCGACCCAAGAACGCGGCUUGGAAGCAUACAACAACGGUAGCACACAGCUAUUGUCCAGGCCCAACCCACCCGCCCGAGUUCGCUUGGAGAAGAGGUUCAACUGCACCCCCUGUGACAUCCCCAGACAACAGGAUGUGCAAUCAGCAGCUCUUAGCAAGAAAGUUUUAUCCCUCAAUUUUGAGUGACGAUAAUGUAGGCCUAUACUAGCCAUACUUUGUUUAUAGCUGUAAAUUAUCUACUACGGUACUAAAAACACGUUGUCAUAGAAGGACUGAGUUACUCAACAUUUGUCUUUCUUUUACAGUUUUUUGACAAUGCUUCAUCACUCCAAUGAGGCGCAAGAAGCAGCAAUGCAUCCACAACCGCAGAAGUGGGUGAGGUCAGAUCGUGGCAACCCUAUUGAGCUGUCAUACCCAUAUGGAAGCAUGUUCAACCCCAUCGCUGGCGCCCGUCAAGGGUUUGGGAUGGUCCCUCAUAUGCUUGAACCCAAUAAGCAUCAAGGGUUGAUCAUUCCAAAGAACUUCACAUUCAGCUAUCGGCCAGACAAGAUGCCUGACAAAGUUCCAUGCGUCAACAUCCCCAACCCAACAGAGGAGAAAGUUUGGGUGAAGGUGGAAGAUGAUGCUGUGGCGAAGACUGCUAAACGCGGUAGGACCCGUGGACCCUGUGCUGUCAAGGCCCCCGGCAUUGUCCCAAACUCAGUGGAGGGAAGAGCAGCUGGAGGAGCAGGCACCAGGAAGAGAGGAGGGCCACCAGUGGAAAGUAGCCAGCGCAGAGAGAGGCACAACAGCAAGGAGCGGGACCGCAGGAGGAGGAUCCGCUUCUGCUGUGAUGAGCUGAAUGUGCUGGCGCCGUUCUGUAACCACGAGACGGACAAAGCCACCACCCUGCAAUGGACCACCGCCUUCCUCAAGUACGUCAGAGAGGUGUACGGGGACUCCAUCAAACAGGAGUUCCAGGGCACGUUCUGUGGCAAGACUGGUCAGAGGCUCAAGCCCAGCAGUGCCUCAGGUCAAGUCAUGGUCCGCCAGGAGACAGCAGAGCCACGAAGCGCUCCACAGGCAUCAGAGCAGUAAAUACACACCUACACCUAUUUAAUAAUUAUUAUAUUUAUUAUUAAUUUAUUUUACCCUCGAGUUGCUGUGCUCCAUCGGGUUUGGCUUUGGAAUGUUAGCUGUCACAAAAGCAUCAGGUAUUGCCAGAGAGACAGACACAUCCAUUUGAUUGUUUUUUGAGGAGAGGAAAAGGAUUUGGGUGUUCUGUUUAUUUCUUUAUUACAACACCUUGAAAAAAUUUUUUUCCUCGAAAUGAUUAUUACCCCCCUUGACAGGGCAUGUACUCCAACAUGUACAUUUCCGUCUUGAUCUAGUUGGUCAUAUUUAUUUGAUCAGAGAUUUCAUAAAUGUUUAUUUUGCUAAAAAGUGUUAAAGUUCGACUGAUAUUUGAAACGAGCUUCCCUUCCAAACCUCAUGAAUGACAAUAAUUAAAACAGGUGAAGGUUUUAAGUUUCAGACCAUGGAAGUAACAUUUCAACAUGGUUUUGAGGGUCUUGAUUGUCCAAUGCAAGUUUAACUGCACUCCAGGACUCCUAUGGAUCAGGUUAGUGUACAUGAGGAAGAAGGAGAUAUGUUUUUUUUUAUACAACUUUACAUAAUUGUGAUUCUUUAUGAGCCAAAAACCUUUUUAUAAAAAAGAAGAGUACUUUACUGAAAGUCGUGCACAGGAGGCACUGUUUCUCUACGAUAGAAGAGAAUGUAUGAAAAUCUAUGCACUCACUAACUGUAAGUCGCUCUGGAUAAGAGCGUCUGCUAAAUGACUAAAAUGUAAAUGUAAGAGGAGUUGAAAACGUGGUGAUCCACUGACUAGAUUUCAGUUUAGUUAACAGAUGUAAUAUAGUUAUUUUUAAUAUUACGUGCAUCUUUGAUAUCUGCAAUUGUAAUUUAUUUAGAAUGUGUUUUAUACAGGGUUGUUUAGUACUUGUGGCAACAGUAAACCACAUUAACAACAAAUGUAGCCUUCUAAAUGUAUAUUGUUCAGUGUUGUUCCACUCUGUACAUACAACUCUGGAACUCUUUCCUAAGUUACUGUGACAGUUUUUCAUAUUACAUUGAUUAUAUUAGAUAUUAUAAAAUAAAUGUGACUUAAUUUACUUGCCUUUGUUUAUCUCCUGAUUGUUUUAUUGCAUAAACAUUCAGUUGGUUAACUUUAUGUAGAAAAGAGUAAUGUUUUACUGAAAAGUGGCUUUAUUUGUUAUUUCUUACAACAUGGUGCUGUAGCAUCUUACUGUACAUACAACAGUCACCCACAAAUAAUAAAUAGUAUUUAAAGUCAUGUAUAUUUAAUAGUUACAGCACCGGUACAAAGUGGAUGUGGUUAUUGCAAAAUAAAAAAGGUAAAGCACACAAAUCUUUAAUGAGUUAUACUACAAUUGCAAUUUCUGAUGCAUC